UCCUCCAAAACAGAGCUGAUAAAGAAUCUGGAGUUACUUGGAAAGAAUAUAGAUCCAUGAUGAAAUUCACCCAUAUGGUUAUCAAUGAGUCUCUUUGUUUAGGGAGUUUGUCACCUGCUAUGUUUAGAAAGGUGGUGAGUGAUGUGGAGAUCAAAGGGUAUACAAUUCCAGCAGGAUGGAUUGUAUUGGUUGUUCCAUCUCUUCUUCAUUAUGACCCUCAAAUCUAUGAACAACCAUGUGAGUUUAAUCCAUGGAGAUGGGAGGGGAAGGAAUUGCUUUGUGGCUCUAAAACGUUCAUGGCGUUUGGUGGUGGUGCAAGACUAUGUGCAGGAGCAGAGUUUGCUAGGCUUGGGAUGGCUAUAUUUCUUCAUCAUCUAGUCACAACGUAUGACUUGUCUUUGAUCGAUAAAUCUUAUAUCAUUCGAGCACCCUUGCUUCGAUUCUCCAAGCCGAUACGCAUAACGAUCUCCGAGAAUCCUUUAAGUUCAUCCCAUCAAUAUGCAAAUCUUUUUUAGUAUUGUGUUAUGAAGAUAUAUCGAAACACGAAAGAGGAUACAAAAUCUAUCUUGUGACAUAUGUGAAAAUACCGUAUAUAUCUUUGUUGUGUUAUCCUUAGGAGAAAAAAAACUUUUACUUUAUUUUAU